AUGCCGUCGCUCGCGCAAAAGCACCAGUUCAUCCUGCCGCAUCCAGGUGCAACAACGACGUCUGUCUCAAGCCCGGUGCGCCCUCAAAAGAGGCGACUUUCCAGCGUUGACGCCUCUUGCGCGCCAAAUGUUACCUUCAUCAACGCCAACAGUGAGCAGCCUGUGAAGCGGGCAAAGCAGGAGAGCAGCAGCCCUCUCAUUGCUGACAUUCCUGCCUGCGAUAUGGCUACGCCACCAUCGGCGCCUGCGCCUGCUCCUGUGGCUGUGUCUGGGCCUGCACCAGAGUCCAAGCCUGUUCCCGCGGUGACUAACGACAUGGAAGACGCGUGCGACGCGAUCCAGUACCAGUUUGGUCUGGAGAUCUUGCUCAAGCACAACGAGCUGAGGCUAAUCAACCAAGAGCUGGCCAAAUGCCAGGUCGCCCUUGAGCAGCUUCGCCGAUGCCAUUUGAUUCCUUAUCCUACCACCUGCCCCACUCCGGCGCAGAUGCUGGAUAUCAGCAGCGGCAAGGGUCCCUCUCUGCGGAAUCGCCCGGGAGAGCCCGUCCCUCAGUGGGCGGCGCCUUUUGGAGUCGUCGAUGGUCCUUACGCCCGACACUACGCCAAGUGGCUCAUCCCUGAUCCCAAGUUUGACGGCAUGCUGCCUGAAUGGUAUCCCGUGCUUGACACGGCCCGUAGCAGAGGCUCAGCUGAGGGACGAACGACGAGAAACAGCAUGUCUGACCUCUCAAGCGCGAACAAGAACCGGCCGGUUCGAGGUGCGGCUGGACAGAAGCUCCAGUCGCUGUCCAGUGGUUACCCUCAACCUAAGGAGAAGGCUGGGCCUUGUGUUCUGAAGCGCUCCGAUGGCCAGACCGUGAAGCUCGUCUGCUUGGACUGCAACCGAGAAAACUUCAGUAGCACGCAGGGUUUCAUCAACCAUUGCCGCAUCGCUCACAGGAGAGACUACAAGAGCCACGAGGAGGCUGCCGUGUCCUGCGGCCAACCGAUCGAGGUCAACGAAGGUGGUGGCGUCGUUGGGGAGGAAAAGCCCCCGCCGCCAGCUCCCGCUGUCGCUCCAGGUCUUGUUCACCCGUUUGCCCAGUCCGACAUGUCUACUCAGCAAGCCUACGUUUCUUUGCGCUCAAGGAUCGCAGAUUCGCUCAAGCUGUACCGUGAUGGCAAGCUGCCUGGUGUGACGAGCAUUCCCACUGUUCCGAACGCUGAGUCCGCGAGACCCGCCGUUCAGAACGGGGAGAACUUCGUCGGUUCGGCUGAUGUCCCCUUCCUUUCGCGCCUCAUGCAGAGCAGGAACUUUAACGGCAACCUCCGUGAAAUCGUUGGCGAUGCUAAGGAGAAGAUGUCGUUGGAUGAUGUUUCUUCGCCAGGAGAGGAUUCGGAAGAAGCCGAGGGUGGUCUCAGCACUCCAACUGGUGACGCUGGGUCAGCCGUUCGUGUUCCUUCCACUGCCAUGCGUGUUCCAGCAAGAGCCGUCAUGUCUCCUGUCGUCCCGGCGCCGACAAGGCCGACGAGCAGCAAGGGCAGGGCGACUCACUCGGGCUUCGCAUCGCCGCCUAUGAGCAGUCCUGACAAGGACGAAGGGCCACGACUGAUGAUGAUGGGCGACGAGGACGUCGACAUGGUAGACCUGAGCCCCAACACCAUGGUCAGCAACAACGCGCCUUCACUCGUCAGCGACGACGGCGAGUACGACGACUCAGAUGAUGGCUCAGACUCCGGCGUGAGCGACCGCAUGGAUGCCGAGUCGGUGUCUGAUGUGGCCGAGAUCACUCUCGAUGAGGAUCAUGAGGGUCGACCUCUUCACCACCGGGGAUCUAGUGGCUCUGGCACCACCAUGCGUCUGAAGAAGGACGAGAACAAGCACGUCACCUUCGUUAGCCCUGUCAACAACAGCGCGAAACGAGCCCGAAAAGUUUAG